AUGGAACACAGAAAGAAAAUUACCACCAUUUUCAUCACUACCCUCUUGCUUACCGUUCUCGGUUUUUCCAUCUCGGUUCACUCUCGCGAACUAGCCGGCUCAUCGUCACCUUCUCCGGAAAAUUUGGGGCUGAUUGCUGGGACUAGAAGGCCUGGAUCUUUACCAGCUUCUUGUGAUUCAAAGUGCAAGCAGUGCGAGCCGUGUAUGCCGGUCGAAGUAUCGGUUCGGGCGGCGGAGUUGGAAGAAAAUGAGUACUACCCUCAAGUGUGGCAAUGCAUGUGCCAAGAGAAUAUAUACCCACCUUAA